AUACAUGGCUGGUAUCGAAUUCGAGGAGGAUUUCCUGCAUUUAUUUUUAAGGUACAGAAAAUACAACUCUUCGCAGGCUUUUCAGGCUCUCAAGAAAUUCGUCAACUUUCGAAGAAAUUUCAGCAGCAUUUUCCAAACCGUCCCAGAAGUGUAUUGCAAAGAGACUCCUUUCACCAAGUUUAUGUCUAUUCUUCCUUACAGGUGUCCUGAUGGAUGUGCAAUUGUUCUCUGCGAACUGGGCAAGUGGAGCCAUAAUGAACUUUCAAUCGAGGACAUUAAAACAAUUUGUAUGUUUUCCUUUCUCCUGCCACUUCGACACCCAAUGACACAAAUCAGUGGAUUUAAGAUGAUUUACGAUUUUACGGAUACAGUCAAGCAUCUUAGAUACUGCACUCCACAAAAUAUUAGUCUGAUAUACAAUGCCAGUUUUACUUCAAAGAUCCCCAAAGCAAAACAACAUCAUGUUCUCACAUGA